GUGAUAGAGAAGUUUGUAUCAGGAGGACUUUGUGGCUACGACCGCGAGGGCAGUCCCAUCUGGUACGAUGUGAUUGGUCCUCUGGAUCCUAAAGGCCUGAUGAUGUCAGCCACCAAGCAGGACUUCCUGAGGUCCAAGAUCCGACACUGUGAGAUGCUGCGCCAGGAGUGUCAGAGGCAGUCUGAGAAGUUGGGGAAGAACAUUGAGUCCAUCACUCUGAUCUAUGACUGCGAUGGACUUGGACUGAAACACCUCUGGAAACCUGCCAUUGAGACCUACGGAGAGGUUCUCACCAUGUUUGAAGACAACUAUCCUGAGGGCCUGAAGAGGGUGUUACUCAUCAAAGCACCCAAACUGUUUCCUGUGGCCUACAACCUCAUCAAACGCUUCAUGUGUGAAGAAACAAGACGCAAGAUCCAGGUUUUAGGCAGUGACUGGGUGGAGGUUCUACACAAAUACAUUGACCCAGACCAGCUCCCUGUGUUCUAUGGAGGAAACCUGACUGACCCGGAUGGAGACCCUUGCUGCAGAACCAUGAUAAAUUAUGGAGGUGUGGUUCCUCGGUCGUACUACGUGCAGGACAGUCUGAAGGUGGAGUAUGACAGCAGCGUAACCGUCGGCCGCGGCUCUAGCUUCCAGCUGGAGUAUGACAUCACUGCUCCCAGCAGCCUCCUGAGGUGGCAGUUUGCCAGCGAUGGAGCGGACAUCGGCUUUGGAGUUUACAGGCGAAACAAGGAGGCCAGCGGUCAGAAGGUGGCUGACAUGGUGCAGGUUCUGCCCAGUGAGCGUUACAAUGCUCACAUGGUUCCUGAGGACUCGUGCCUCACCUGCUCUGAGCCAGGAGUCUAUGUUCUGUGUUUUGACAACAGCUACAGCUACCUCCAGUCCAAGAAGGUGAGCUACAAAGUUGAGAUUAUUCCUCCUCCAGACGAGCAGAUGUAGAGUCAGCAGAGAAGACGUGCGGCUGCAGUGAUGACAUCGUGCGGCUGCAGUGAUGACAUCGUGCCUGAAACUACAAACUCCCGUGAGCAGCUUCUGUAACCAGAUCCAUGGUGUUACACUGCAGCUGGGCUGAGCACCAUCUUCUCUCCACAGUGCACUGGAUAUAUGUCUGUUAUUGUUUAGAGCCUGGAUUAAAUCCACCAUCAAUACAGGAAAAAACAAAACUCUGUGUGCAGUGCAAGUAAAACUGUACAGAAACAUUGUGUCAAAAGCAACAAUCUGAACUACAAAAUGUGAAACCAAGCAACAAAUCUGCCAGGCCUUAAAGUUAUAAACAUUUAAAUUAUAUGUUGUAAUUAGGAUUAAAUCUUUUGUCUCAUGAAAAAUUCUUUAUUAAAUUAUUUAAUUAUUUUUGUUUGGUAAAACAAACACGUCAACAUGAAUUCUGCAGCCGACCAGCAGAAUAUGACUGCACAGUCCUGGUUGGACCCACUUGUGGUAUUUUUGCAUUGUAAAGCCCGGCCCGGCCCGGCUUAGCUUCAAACCUGAGCUCUGUAUAUUUGCAUGUGUUGUUAUGGCCCACUUCCAGCCUGAUACUAGAAACCCAGAGACCUGUUCAGGUCAGUCUGCAGGGGCUGAUUUGAUGUUGUCUUUCUCUGUUCCAGCUGGUCUUGAAUUACACAAAGAACAAAGAGAAGUACCUGGAGCUCUGAGUCGUCCAUUGCUGUGUUGCAAAUACAGUGACAUCACUGAAAGAUUUGACAUUUUUGAUACGAUGAUUUGCAUCUACAUUGAGACGGUGCUCUGCUACAACACCACCAAGGCCAAGUUAGAAUCAGGCCGAGCCAGGCCUUACAAUGCAAAAAUACCACUGUUGGGGUCCUUUAGUCUGCGGUCACUGGUUAACUAUGGUCACUGGUUAAUUGCAGUCACUGGUUAUCUACAAUCACUGGUUAACUUGGGUCAGUGGUUAGCCGCACAUUUGGGUUUAAUUUCCAAAUCUUUAAUUUAGUUAGAAAUGUUCUUAAUAAUCAGAAAAGUUUGCAAAUUUGCAUCAUAUAAUCUUUGUUCUGGUUUGUGUUACACUGCCACCUACUGGUAGCUGCUGGUACUGCUUGGUUCUGAUUACAGAACUUUGGUUGAACUUUGACAGAUUAAUUACUCUGAGUAUUAUUUUAUUAAUGGUAGUUUUGUGUAACAAACCACCUGUGAUGUGAAGUAAAUUUAGGUGUUAAUGAGUUAUUGAGUUGAUGAGUUAUGUUAAUGAGUUUCUGACAACUUGUAAAGCACUAAUUUAUGUUGUAAAAUGUGUCAAACUGAGCUGUGAUAUUAUAUUUACUGUAUAAUUGACAUAAUUAAACUAUAUUUGUAACUA